GGGGGGGGGGGGAGAUGAUGACGAGGAGAUUUUGGAGCCCAGGAUCCUAUGUUUUAAUUUUCCUGGUGCUGGUCUUGGGUUCAAGCAGUUUCAUGGCACAUGCGGAAAAUAGCAGGGUUUUAGAGGAAAGGCAGCGGGAAUUGAGGGAAGAGAAGAACAUAGUGCAUUGUUCUAGAUCACGGAGUAGGACUGUCCGAGAAAUUGUUCAUGAGUACCUAACGCCAUUUGUGGAGGCCGAAAAGUAUACUUUGCCUGAAAGCUGUCGUCUCCACCCUGCCAACGACAUCUACCGUGAGCAAGAGGAGAACAUGGAUGAAUUGCGACCUAUGCAAUGGCAGUGUCGGUAUUGCAAGAAAAUAUUUCGAAAUCAAGGGUUCUUGGACACUCAUUUUGAUAAUCGCCAUUCUAAUUUGCUCGACAAGAGCUUAAACAUGUGUUUAGCGGAUGCUUGUGGAGCAUUGCAUUGUGAUUACUAUAACAGUUUAUCAACAUCGAAGUCACAGAAGCAAUCAACAUGCAAACCAGCUGUUGUGGAGAGGAACCGUCAUUCGUGCGAGGUGUUGGCUAACACUUGCUUUCCUGCUGAUCAUAGCCCCGCUGCUCAAAGAUUGAACGAUUUCUUCAAGCGACAGUUUUGUGAUGCCCAUACCUGCAAGAAGAAGCUGAAGAUCUUUCCAAGGGGAAAUGGGAUAAACAGGAACAAAUCUUUGAUCUACGCAUUUACAUUGUUUACCAUUGUGGCGUUGGCGAUCUUUUACUUGAUAGUAUAUUUGGUUAGACGGGAUACUAAUAUGUUAAAGAAGGGUAUGCGGCGGGCAUCACUUAGACCAACCUCUAAAGUCCAGAAGGACUGAUCAGGAAUUUUGACUAGAUGACUAAAUAUGUUCAACAUUCACAAGAGUACGCGAUGGCUAAUCCUUCUUAGUUACUACUUCUGGUAGAUCGACCCCAGAUGUGACCGCAUCCUGUUGUAGACUUGGCUUGGGAUGCAUCGAUUUGUAAAUUAUCAGAACCCCGGAUGUUCAACCUUAUCCGCUUAUCCAACGGUAUAGCUUUCAGGCAAAUUACUCUUGUGCACUUCCACUGUCUAUAUCUCAUAGGACGCAGUUGCAGAUCGGUCCCUCAUUCGACUUUGGUGGCUGCCAGAGGGACGUAACCGUGCUUCAAGUUGGUUCUAGAUGAUGAUAGCAUGUACCGAUGCGAAUUGGGUGUCGCGUGUUGCUGGGUACAUUUUGCAUAGUGAACACUCAGGUAGGCUCUUCUUAAUUUGUGAUGAUGUCUGAAAACGUGUUCAGAUAUUUGUUACACAUAUGACGUCUUAGUGAUAUAUUGCACAGCAGUGAAUCAUUGAGCAUUCUGAUGCUGAGCUUAAUCGCUUGCUUCUCAUGGCUCUACGGUAACGGUGAGCAAUUACCCAGGUCUUUUGAACUUGUAAAAUGUGGAUUGGAUCCCUACAUCAAGGCUCAUUGUCAAAAAAAAUUCAGAAGCCAUUUGACCACA